AGCCCUGCUCUGACGUGGGAGGUGAGGGGGGUGGGGGGAUGGAUGACUCACAGUGUUAUGAUGCAGCUCCACAACACACAGCUACAUUCACCCACAGACCGAGGUACAGACGAGAGACAACCUCUGGCCCCCCCAGCAGCUGGCCAGCUUUGCAGUCCCAGUCUUGAGCCCCUAACUAACCUCCCCCGCCCCCAUCCCCUUCCCAAUUGGAGGAGCGGAAGGAGAAGAGAGAAGAGUGAGCAGAGAGAUUUGAAAGAGAGAGAGAGAGAGAGAGAGAGAGAUAGACGGAGAUCUCUGGAGCCGACCUCAAGGUGACUUCUAUUUCUAUCUGGUUCACGUCUGGGGGGGCCCUGGCCGGGCAGCCCCCCCACAUUUCUCCUGCCCUGAAACACGGCUCUAGCCAACCUGCUCCGCUGCUUCACCUGCGACCGUCUGUGCGGGGGCUGCACGGCGCCAGCCCCGCCUGCCCGCCAGGGCAUCGUCCUCCAGCCCGUCAUGCCCAGCUGUGACCCUGGCCCAGGCCCUGCCUGCCUCCCCACCAAGACGUUCCGCAGCUACUUGCCCCGCUGCCACCGCACCUACAGCUGCGUCCACUGCCGCGCACACCUGGCCAAACAUGAUGAGCUUAUUUCCAAGUCCUUCCAAGGAAGCCAUGGCCGAGCAUACCUGUUCAACUCCGUGGUCAACGUGGGUUGUGGGCCAGCUGAACAGCGCCUCCUGCUCACGGGGCUCCACUCAGUAGCUGAUAUUUUCUGCGAGAGCUGCAAAACCACCCUGGGCUGGAAAUAUGAACAAGCUUUCGAGACAAGCCAGAAGUACAAAGAAGGGAAGUACAUCAUUGAAAUGUCACACAUGGUGAAGGACAACGGCUGGGACUGAGGGGCUCAGGCAGGCUGUGCCCUUCCUCCGCAUGCCCCACCCUCCCCACACCUGUCCCCUGGCCCUGCCAAGCAGUCCAUACCAGCAUGAGUACUGCCCCACCCCUGGGGGGAACCCGGCUCCCGCCAACCCCUCCCCCACCCCCACCUCAUCACUCCCAGGCCCCUUUGGAACAGGGGUCUGGGGUACCCCAGGGGUGUUGAUGGCUCAGGAGUGGGCAGCAGUCAGGGGAAGACAGACUGGGGGAAAGGGAUGGUUGUGGGUCCUUCUAGCCCCAAGGUCCUGAAAAUUGUGAGGAUGGUAGGGUGCAGACUCAGGCAGAGAGGACCAUGAGAGGAAUCAGUGUUUACUCCACCUCUGGAAGUGAGCGGAGGACAAAUCUCGAGUCAUGGGGCUGGUAGAUCAUGGCCACAGAACAGCAGAUGAGAAAAGGCUCGAGCUGGAGUGAAAUUUUGGCUUCAGACACCAGGGUCUCUGAGGGUGAAGUUUCCCACCCCCAUGCGUAGGAGAAAGGAUCUGGGGGUGGAAGAAAAAAAGAAAAAAAAAAACCAAAAACCCAAAUCCCAGGCCCUGGGAAAUAAUAAAAAAAUCACAGGGGUUUCCAUUUCACUCCACUUGUUAAGUUUAUCUUGGCACUAAAGAGGCACUUUUGAGUAUCUGACCUUUGCUAUUGGGUGGGGCGGGGAGUGGCCCCUGGAACAGCCCCCACCCCCAGCUGGCAGUUUCCAGAGCAAGCAGUCUUAGUGGGUGUUCUCCGAGGCCCAGCCACUGCUCCAGGGACCCAGUCCCUUGGAGGGAAGGUGGGACAUCAGUGCUACGGGGGCCAGGCUUCCUCGUGGCUGCCACCAGCGAAUGAAACUUUUGUAUGAUACAUAAAGUGUUUGGGUCUAUUUUUAAUAAAAAGGGGAAAAGCAACCAA